AAUCAAUGGAAUGAAUUUUCUAAAGUUGAGAGUGGCUUCUCGAUUAUCAUUUUUUUGUAUAUUUUAAUGAUUCCCACCUUUUUGCCUCUUCACCAUUUUUAUAUACAUAAAAUAAUGCCUUUGUGUCUCUGUGUGUGUAUCUAUAUAUAUUAAUAAUAACACAGUAGUGCAGUGUACCUGUAGGAGAGAAGAUAAGGGUUUAAUGGCCGUAUGAGUGAGUGGCUCCUGCAUGAAAUUUUACGAACAAACUAACAUGGACAAAUUCCUGAUUUCCUUCUACUUUUUCUGUUUGCUGCUGCUGCUCUUGUUCCCUUCUUCUUCUUCCUUUCCCUUGUGCACUGACCUCAGGGCACCUACCAGCUGGAAGGGGGGGAGUUUGGCCGCCUUCUGUCCGUACAGUGGCCAAACUUGCUGUAAUUCAUCGGAAGAUCUGCUGCUGCAGAACCGUUUUCUGGCCAUGAACAUAUCUCAUUCCCCCUGUGCUUCUGCUGUCAAAUCAAUCCUCUGUUCUACCUGCGAUCCGUUCUCGGCGAAGCUGUUCGCCGCCGAGUCGGAGCUCCGAACAGUUCCCUUCCUCUGCAACUCCACCGCCGCAACAUCACUCUCAUCUCUCUCAACCAACACCAACAAUGGAUUCUGCUCAACUGUUUGGGAAUCCUGUAAGGACACAUCCAUUUCCAACUCCCCCUUCGCCCCCUCGCUCCAAACCAAGGCGGCGAUUCCACGGAACGCCACGUCAUCCAAACUAACCGAUCUCUGGCAAUCCGAAUCGGACUUCUGCGCCGCCUUCGGCGGCGCCGCCGCCGCAGAUCAGAACACACUCUGCUUCAACGGCGAACCUACAUCCCUCAACAAAACCGACACAUUAUCCCCACCAAAGGGGAUCUGCCUCGAGAAAAUCGGAAACGGUUCGUACAUCAAUAUGGUUGCCCACCCGGACGGAUCGAACCGGGCUUUCUUCUCAAACCUGGCCGGCAAGAUCUGGUUGGCCGAUAUCCCCGAUCAGGAUUCAGGAAAAGCGUUGGGAAUCGACGAAUCGAGUCCGUUCGUUGAUUUGACGGAUCAAGUUUAUCUGGACACCAGCUUUGGAAUGAUGGGAAUGGCGUUUCAUCCCGACUUUGCAUCCAACGGCCGGUUCUUUGCGUCGUUCAACUGCGAUAAAGAGAAGUCGCCGGGAUGUGGUGGGAGGUGCGCGUGCAAUUUAGACGCCGGCUGUGAUCCGUCGGAGUUAGGGUCUUUUGGUGGAGAGGUUUGCAAGUAUCACACUGUUAUUGCUGAGUAUACUGCUAAUGGAACCGCUUCUACCCCUUCCAUGGCAAAAAGGGCAAAACCUCAAGAAGUGAGGAGAAUAUUCACACUAGGGCUACCCUUCACAGCAAACCAUGGUGGACAAAUUCUAUUUGGACCAGCUGAUGGGUACAUGUAUAUCAUGUUAGGAGAUGGAGGGAGCAAAGGUGAUCCCUUUAAUUUUGCCCAGAACAAGAAAUCGCUCCUCGGCAAAAUCAUCAGGGUCAAUAUCGACAAUAUACCAAGUGACGAUGAAAUAGUUAAGCAAGGGCUAUGGGGAAACUAUUCAAUCCCUCGAGAUAACCCUUAUUCCGAUGAUAAAGAAAUGGAACCUGAAAUCUGGGCUUACGGUUUGAGGAAUCCGUGGCGUUGUAGCUUUGAUUCAGAAAGGCCGUCUUACUUCCUAUGCGCUGAUGUGGGACAGGAUCAAUACGAAGAAGUUGAUAUCAUCUCAAAGGGGGGGAACUAUGGAUGGCGUGUCUACGAAGGCCCUCUCGUUUUUCAGCCACAAAAAACGCCAGGUGGAAACACAUCUGCCGCCUCGAUAGACCCAAUCUUCCCUGUGCUCAGCUACAGCCACGCCAAUUUCAAUAAACUUGGCUCUGCAGCAAUAUCGGGUGGAUACUUCUAUCGUGCUCAAACCGAUCCAUGUACCUAUGGAAGUUACUUGUAUGGAGAUUUGUAUGCAAGUCAUAUUUGGGCAGCAUCGGAAAACCCCAGAAAUAGUGGAAACUUUACGACUAGUGAUGUGCCUUUCAGCUGUGCUCCAGAUUCUCCGAUCAAAUGCGACUCUGUGCCCAACAGCAAUUUACCUGCUUUAGAGUACAUAUUUUCGUUCGGAGAGGAUAAUAGAAAAGAUGUGUACAUUUUGACACAGAGCGGUGUGUACAGAGUAGUUCGUCCAGGGAGGUGCAGUUAUGCCUGCUCGAAGGAAGUUGUGACUUCUACUAAUUCUCCUCCCUCUGCUCCGUCUAGUGGCUAUCUUGCUCGUCCGUAUUCGGCACUGAUUCUUCUUGUUUCUGUAGCUCUUGUUUUGCUGGAGCUUUACUUGUGACAUGCAAGAGUUUCUUGUGCUGAAACUCGGAGGAUCUUAAUGAAUAACAGACUUUCUCUACCUGGUA